GAUCAUAGCUGGUUCUUUUUUUUUUUUUUUUUUAAUUAACGUACGAUUCUCUAAUGACCCGGCAAACUGCGUAGCAAACGUUAAACAUUCACGAAACGUUAGAAGAAUCGACUCAUCCUCUCGAUCUGAUCUUCCUUAAUGUCAUCCGUGAUGCGGAUGAUUGCAUCGCGAUUUCGAGGAAUGAAAAAUCGGCGAGGACGACUCAUCAUCAUAGGUGGAAAUCAAGAGUGAAAGCGUGGAUCGAGGAAGCUGAUAGAGGAAGAGAGGAGUGGAAUCAACGAGCGAUUUCUACACGCGAUCCCGGCAUCAACGCCGGUUGCUUGUUCGCGCUUAGUCACCGCUCGAGCGGACCAUUCUCGAGUAUUUGGCGAUUGCAAACAUUCUCGCCGGGCCAGUUAAUCGGCGCAAACACUUUACACUGUCCAAAUGUUGGCUCCAUAGUUUGCGCCUGUCAGCAGUGCGCCGCUUUGUCUCGACAGCUCUGAGAUGAAACACCGUGCGCGGUGACUUUAACGAGGCUCCUCGCCGAUGGAACGAAGAUUGCUGUUCCAGUUGUUGCCGUUCGGCUAAUAACAGAUAUUUUACAGAUGAUCGCUGCAUGAAUAUUACGAACGAUUUUUGCAAUUUUUGUUAUUGCUUGUGCCCUUAUAACGUUUUGCAAUUAUUGUUAUUAAUUUGGAUGUAAUGGAAGAGGUAGUUGAAAAAGCAAGCAUCUUUAAAAGGAACUGUGUUAUCGUGUUAAUAAGGGAAUACGUAAUUGAUGUGAUAAAAAUCAUUCGUUCGAGUUGAAUUUUUUAUAAGAAACAAUCUCGUCGAGAUAAUUAAAAAAAAAAAAAAAAAAAAAGGAAAAAAAAGAAGGACCAGAAUUCGCUCGAGGUAGAUCGUGUUGUUUGUAUACGGGCGUGAAAGAGUUUCGUGCGAGAAAUCGUGCAAUGCCGUGCGAAAGGACCGUGAAACGCGUGUUAUGCCACUGAAACGACAAACAUCCGAUCUGCAUCCGGUUGUCUAACUGCGGAAGCGUAAAAUUCCCGUCCCGUGUGCAUCCGUUUUAUGAAUUCAAUAAACAAGGGGAUUGUGAUGUAAGAGAUGCGUUGUGGUGACAUCGCGGCAACCGCGAUAGCCCUUCUCAUUCUUGGGCAGAUCCAGGGACCACGGCAGACGAGGGUGGUCGGGGCAAUGGUGAUCGGAGCUGCCGUCUGCGGCCGUAUACCCGGCCUGGCGAAGAGUCAACGAGAGCAGUGCAGAAAAGCGCCGCACGCGAUGCCCGCGGUUGGCGAGGGCGCGGAACUGGGACUUCGCGAGUGCCGACAUCAGUUCAGACAUCACCGUUGGAACUGUUCCCACGUGGCGAACGAUCAGGUCUUCGGCCACGUGGUCGUAGUAGGAAGCAGGGAAGCAGCUUUCACGUACGCAAUAAGUUCAGCGGGUGUAACGUACGCCGUAACCGCAGCUUGCAGCAGGGGCAACAUCACCGAUUGUGGUUGCGAACCCACCGUAAGGACGAGAAAGGAGUUGCCACCAAAUGGUUGGGAAUGGGGCGGUUGCAGCGCAGAUGUCACGUACGGGAUGAGGUUCGCGCGUAGGUUUCUGGACGCGAGGGAAGUCGAGGGUGACGCGAGAAGCCUGAUGAACCUUCAUAAUAAUAAAGCUGGUCGAAAGAUAGUCAAAGCUCUCCUGCGAACAGAAUGCAAAUGUCAUGGCGUGUCCGGCUCUUGCACCGUGAGAACCUGCUGGCGAACUUUGCCUAGUUUUCGUCAGAUCGGCGAUGCAUUGAUGAAAAAGUAUUACAGAGCCAGGCCUGUCAUAGCGAUUACCCCACCACCACCCCCUACGAUGCAGAGUUUAGAAACGCUACACUCGACAUCGGCAGAAAUAGUGCCGAUUUUAGGAAAUGAUGCGAAAACCCAAGGGAAACCGAACGAUGUUGGAAAAUCCCGACAUGAUCGACAACCCCCCAAAAAAGCGACGAAACCAAGAAGGCCGCAUUUAGUGUUGAAAAGAACAAAAUCGAACGGUGGAUCGAGCGUGGGACAGAAAAGGAUUCCAAAGAGAAACGAGCUGGUUUUUCUACAACCAUCCCCUAAUUAUUGCGAGCCAGAUUUGGUGCAAGGAAGCCUGGGAACGCAAGGCAGAUAUUGUAAUCGUACAAGCAAAGGUACCGAUGGAUGUGAUUUGAUGUGUUGUGGACGCGGUUAUAAUACACAUCAGUUUACAAGAACGUGGCAGUGCAGAUGCAAAUUUCAUUGGUGCUGCCGCGUGCAUUGUGAAACGUGUACCGAGCGUACAGAGGAAUACACGUGCAAAUAAACAUUCGAAUGUGUUUGCAAUCUUAGUAAUGUAAAUAUGUAUUAGGCAUAACAAGCGA